CUUGAGUGUUUCUGCCAGAAAGAAACUCUGCUGCAGGUUGUCGUGUUGGAUUAUAUGGCCGUAGACAUCAAUGAUACCAGAGAGUCCUAUGGCAAGUCGACAGUGUCGCUCCAGAGCCUCCCAGCCCCACUCUCUGUACUUGGGGUCAUGGGUCAGUCUCCACAUGUAGAUGUAGCUCUCCACGACCUCUGGUCUCAGGAUGUAAUGUCUUGUUUGCCUUCCUGUUAUUAUCUUGUCUGUUUGGUAUGUAGAGACGGAAGGUCAUGUCUCUGAGCAGAGCAGAGGGGAGCUUCUGUGUCCAGCUACUGUAGCUAGUUAGUUAUAUAAUCACCUCCGUUUCAGUGCCAGUACCCCAUCCUUCCCUGGCAUGUCAAAGCCUAGCGGUGAAUGGGUUGGUUAUCUCAUUAGGGUGUUAUUUAAAGUGUUUCCCUCCUGUUCUGUGUCCUGCAGCAGCACUAAGAGGUUUAAAGAGUCCUACUCUCUGCCCUUCCUGAUGUCCCAUACUGUGCUGUACAGAGCCAGACUGGAGUGACUGAUCGCAGCCAGGACACGGCUCCUCACGCAACAUUGCAACAUCUUCUCUACUCUUUUCUUCUGUCUCUUGGUUCUCUGAGGGACACAGAGCCAGGGAGUUGGACAGGGACUGCAGCUCCCUCAGUCCCCUAGCAACCUACCUUCUCUACAGGUGAACCUCAGGACCUCUGCAUCCAUCAGCUCUCCAGAACCCAACCUAAUCCAGCAGAACUACCCCAUCUCACCCAAAAGGGUGACAGCAGAGCCAGCCAGAGAAAACAGGCUCUACUCUACCUCUACAGGUCAUUGAUCUCAGCCCAGCUCUCCGGUAACCGGUACUCAUACCUCAGAAGGCGAGAGGCUCCACAGACCGUCCCUCUUCUCAGCCCAGCGCCACCUCUCAGACAUGGGGAACCAUGGCUCUAACCUGGAUGAUAUCCUGGCAGAGGAUAUGCACCACUGGUACAACAAGUUCAUGAAGGAGUCUCCGUCAGGACUCAUCACGCUAUUCGAACUCAAGGGCAUGCUGGGUCUGCGGGGGAUGAACGAGAACGCUACCAGCUACGUGGACCAAGUCUUCUUCACCUUCGACAUGGACGGGGACGGGUACAUAGAUUUUGUGGAGUACAUCGCAGCCAUCAGUCUGAUGCUAAAGGGAGAAAUCAACCAGAAACUCAAGUGGUACUUCAAAUUGUUUGACCAGGACGGCAACGGGAAAAUCGACAAGGACGAGUUGGAGACAAUAUUCACGGCAGUCCAGGACAUCACGCGGAACCAGGAUGUCACCCCAGGGGAUAUUGUGUCACUCAUAUUCGAGAAGGUCGACGUCAACGGAGAGGGUGAGCUGACCCUAGAGGAGUUCAUCGAGGGGGCGAAGGGUCACAACGACAUCAUGGAGAUGCUGAAGAAGAUGAUGGACCUCACGCCCGUACUCAUCAUCAUCGUCCAAGGAAUAGUAGUCUGAGAGAGACCACCGCCGUAGCCACCCUGUGCACCUGAGAGAGACGACAGAAACACUUAAGUCCCAUCACAAACAUUUACCCCACAAACUAAUAAUUGUGAGAUUUGCCUGCACAACGGACCUGAGGGAAUGUGUUUCCUUAUGAAACAAGACUGUUGUUCCCCAAUGAGGGUUCUACGUCACACAGCCAGGUCUGGGGGUGGAGACAAUGUAGUCCGUGCGUAAUGGACCCCAGGAAGAGGAGCAGCUAACGGGGUUCCGAAUAACUAAUGAAUAAAUAGUCCCAGACUGCAGAGGACUCAGGCAUCCGGUCCUGUACUGCAGCCCACUAACCACCCACAGAUGAAGGGAUGGAUGAAGGGAGGAAGACAUUGAGAGACCCUUCUUCAACACCAUCACAACAAACAAACUGAAUGAAACAGGACAUUUAAAGGGACAGCUGUGGAAAGCGGUAAAGGUACCAUCUUCACAUUCUACAUGUUUGUGUUUGCUCUGACCACUCAGCCAGAUGGACACUUGGAUUCUGAGAGAGAGAGAGAGAAUUCUCUAUUAUAAAUCAUCACUAUAGGGCCAGGCGUUUUCCUGACCGUGUGACCAACACAAGGAGAUGCUUUGGGCUUUAGUUAUAGGCUAUGUUCAGGAGUCAGGUCACAUGUUCAGGAGUCAGGUCACAUGGUCAGGAAAAGGUCUUGUCUCUAAUAAUCUCCUCUGUAGGUAAGAUCACAAACAGGCACGUGCAUAGAUAGAGCCCCUAGGGGUUCUGAAGUGCCUGCCCUUUUUACCUCGUAUGGAAAAGGUGCCCUUUGGAUUGGUGGAAUUACUUUGUUCUUUUUCCCCCCAGGCCUUUUCCCCUCGUUUGACACUAGGAGAGCCGAGAGCGUCAUGUUGACAUUUUUAAUUACUCUGCCAUUUUGAAAGUCACGCCCCCUCCCCCCGUCCUUUACUUUUCCUUAAUAAGUCUAUAUAACACAGAAUCUUAAUAUCACAAACAGAAUUUGUGUUAUGAGCGGUUUUACGAGGACAUUUUUUCUCCCUGCCCCUCAUUCACCACCAGUCAUUCACAGUCAGUCUGCCUGCCCAGCUGAUGGCUCAUCGAAACUGCACCUAAACUAUAUCGAAACUAAUUUCACACAUUUAAUAAUAGAGUUAGCCUAAAUUGACAAUUGUCUGAUGGGUGACAAUAUUAUUAAUUGUCAAAUUGUAUAAGAAGAGAUGGGCACAGCUUGGAAUUGACACAGAGGCAGGGAGCGCCAAAAAGUCACUUUUUCAAAUCCUCCUGCAGAGUCACAUGCAGGUAAGACGUUUUGAUUUAUAUAUAGUAUCAGAAAGAGCAGAUUCUGCAGUUUCUUAUACAAUUACGUUUGUCAAAUAAUGCUGAAAAUGUACAUACACCGUUUAUUAGGUACACCCAUCUAGUACGGGUCGGACCCCCCUUUGCCUUCAGAAUAGCCUGAAUUCUUCGGGGAAUGAAUACUACAAGUCGGAAAAUUUCCAAGGGAUGUUGAUCCAUGCUGACGCGAUGGCAUCACGCAGUUGCUGUAGAUUGGACGGUGGUAUACCACCACCAGCC